CCACUACUGCAAGCGGGAGGACACGGCACAUGUAUAGCCCAGUGUAGAAGUGCUAAGAUAAUCACCACCCGCACCAUACCUAUGCAAGUGGAUGGCGAGCCCUGUCGUCUCUUGCCAUCUAUCAUAACGUUACAACUCAGAAAUCAGGCAAACCUUAUCGCCAAAGCCAAGAGUCAUAACCAAAUAAUUCACGUACCUACACUCGAAAAAUUGACAAUAAAAGUGCGAAAAUUGAAUUUAAAUGAUUACGAGACCUAUCAUUACGAUAAGCAUAAGCUUAAGGAA